AUGACUACGAACAACAAUGAGGCCAACCCGCCACCCCUACGCCAAUCGGUCGCCAGGGUCAGCAGACCGUUCACCGCCCACACGGCCACCCUACCGUCCCACCAGUCCACCUCCAGGCUUCCGCUCCUCCCAACGGCAAGAGUCGAGGCUUCGCCAGCAGCCUGCAUGUAUCUCUCCAAGGCCUCGAUCCAUGGACCCAAGCUGAUCAAACCCCUCCGGGCACACACGGCUACCCUCGUCAACGACGCGAUCUGGAUAUUCGGCGGGACAGACCUCAAUGGGUGCUUCAAGGACGUCUGGAAAUUGGACCUCGAAACUCUCAGCUUCGCUCGAAUGAAAUGUAAAGGCCUCGAAGAAGAAAUGGACGAGGAUCUUAACCUUGGCUCCUCUUCUCUCGACGACUCUCUCGACCCUCAUUACAACCUCCGCAACUCUUCUACUAAUAAUCUCAGUCCCGCGAGAAGACUUCGCAGUAAUCCUAAAGAUCAUAUUCCUCCCCCUUGUCGCGCUCAUUCGGCUACACAUCUCGACGGUAGAAUAUUCAUCUUUGGAGGAGGCGAUGGUCCAAAUUAUUUUGAUGUCCUAUACUAUUUAGAUACAAUUUCGUUGACAUGGACCAAACCAAGAGUGAAAGGCGUCCUACCAUCGACCAGACGAGCCCAUGCCACGGUUCUCUACGGCACUCAGUUAAUUAUCUUUGGAGGUGGGAACGGUUCACGAGCAUUGAACGAUGUCCACGCGCUCGACCUCAGUGAUCUUUCGAACCUCGAAUGGCGAGAACUGGCUAUCAAGGGUCGUUCCCCCCUCAAUCGCGGCUAUCACAGCGCUAACCUGGUCGGUAGUAAAUGUAUUAUCUUUGGCGGUAGCGAUGGCGGUGAAUGUUUUAGUGAUAUCUUUAUCUUGGAUCUAGAAAACUUGACGUGGAUUCAGGUCGAGGUUGAAUGUCCUAUUGCCCGACUUGCUCACACUUCCACACAGGUAGGCUCCUAUCUAUUCGUAAUUGGUGGACACGAUGGGGAAGACUACACCUCUGAAGUGAAGCUCUUCAAUCUAGUGACGUUACAAUGGGAACCCCGGACAGUCAAAGGGCAAUUGCCGCCCCGGAUCGGAUAUCAUACUGCGACCCUUCACGACUCUCGACUGAUCAUCAUCGGCGGGUUUGAUGGCAGACAUGUUUACGAUCAAGUCUGGUGUCUCGAGCUUGCCUCAUCAGCUUAUCUGCCUCAGGUCACUAACUUCACUAUCCCCGUCGACGAACCCUCGGACGCUGAUCUGUAG